ACGUUCCUGAAAUUAAGUUCAUUAAACGUCGACUGCUCCGAUCCGUCGUGGAAAAUGGCUUUACUGGCAAGGAACGUCUGCAGGGUAUUUUCCCAGGCAACUCAAAAAGGAUCUUCGAGAACAUUUCACGUAGGCUCCGUUUGUUUAAGCGAGCCGGUUGGUACUUCAGAAGCUACUGUCGAACGUCAGGGAAAGACAAAAUGUACCUUGAUCCCUGGAGAUGGCGUGGGACCAGAAUUGGUGGUCGCAGUUCAAAAUAUUUUCCAAGCUGCCGAUGUCCCAGUUGAAUUUGAACCAUAUUUUCUCUCUGAAGUAAAUCCCACGUUAAGUGCUCCAUUGGAACAAGUUUCAAAUAGUAUUGCAAGAAAUGGAGUUUGUCUCAAGGGAAUUUUAGCAACUCCGGAUCAUUCGUCGACAGGAGAAUUACAGACCUUGAAUAUGAAAUUGCGAAAAAGUUUAGACUUGUACUCGAAUGUAGUGCACGUGAAAUCCCUGCCAGGAGUGAAAUCUCGUCACAGCAACGUGGACUGUGUAAUUAUUCGUGAACAAACGGAGGGCGAAUAUUCCGCCUUGGAACACGAGUCAGUAAGUGGUGUCAUCGAAUGUUUAAAAAUUGUCACUGCAACCAAAAGCCAAAGAAUCGCAAAGUUCGCGUUUGACUUUGCCGUCAAAACUCAUCGCAAAAAGGUCACAUGUGUUCACAAGGCGAAUAUAAUGAAACUAGGCGACGGUCUCUUCUUAAGAUCGUGCCAGGAAAUAGCUAAAUUAUACCCUAAAAUUAAAUUCGAGCCCAUGAUUGUUGACAAUUGUACAAUGCAAAUGGUCUCUAAUCCACAUCAAUUUGAUGUGAUGGUCAUGCCAAAUUUAUACGGAAAUAUUGUCGACAAUUUGGCAUCAGGAUUAGUCGGUGGUGCUGGAGUUGUUGCUGGUGCUAGUUACAGCGCAGAAUGCGUUGUUUUUGAACCGGGAGCGAGGCAUACGUAUUCAGAAGCUGUGGGAAAAAAUGUUGCAAAUCCAACGGCAAUGAUUUUGUGUGGUGUGAAACUUUUGAAUCAUGUAAAUUUGAAACGUUAUGCGGAGAAAAUUAAGGACGCAUUAAAUCGCGUACUGAACGAUGGAAAAGUGCGCACGAAAGAUUUAGGAGGUCAAAGUUCAACGACUGACUUCACAAGUGCUAUAAUUCAUAAUCUUCAAUAGAAAGAUUUCGAUGACAAGUUUUUUUUUUCAAAGAAAUUAUAACCAAUCUGUAGGACAACCUAGGAUGUUCCUCGUCAAGUAUUGGGCAAUAUUUUUGCCUUUGUCAAAGUCAAUUUGAAUGAAAAAUGUUUUUUAUGACGAACUGAUUGAUUUUAAAUUAUAUAUAUGAAAUUCAAUGACAAUAUUUUCUUCAAAAAGACUUUGAUAGCUAAAAUACAGGUAUAUACAGUAUCUAUGACAAUGCCAUUUUAUUUAUUUGUAAUUCUAUUCGUCCUACUGAAGAAAUGUAGUAAAAAUACAAAUCGACUCUUUUUAUUCUGUUGAAAGGAUACGAAACACGAAGGAACUUGCGUGUGUUGUACCAUAGACAAUUGUAAUAUAAUUAACUUAUACCACUUACAUGUAAUAAAUUGAAGUUCGUUAAACAUUAAAAAUGUUUUUAAACGUA